UCCAGUUUCCAUUCGGAGUUUUAUUGUGACGCACCGUCACAAGAAUAACCGGUGUUUGGGUAUUCCAAUGUGACCAUUGUGUGGCUUGACAUCAUGAGGAUGGACUUUUUAUGAGGAUAACAUUGGUUGUUUUGAGCAGCAUAGUGUCCCAUCAUGUUGCUAGGGGCAGUACGUCACUCAGUCCCUCUGUGGCACUCUGCUUUGGCCUCUGGCUGCUUGCAGUGUGAGGCAGGGCCAGUGAGAUGGCUGCUGAUACAGGUCCUGAGGAGAGCCUACACCUCCACAAGAGCAAGGCAGGCUGCAGCAGGGGACAGUGCCCCUGUGUUUUCCAGAGCCCAAGUGUACGGGGACAAGCUGGCCAUAGUGGACGACAGUGGGAGCCACAGCUACAGGGACUUGUAUGGCAGUAGUAGGGGCCUGGCUGGGCGUAUCAAGGCAGCUCUGGACUGUCCCUCUGGGGACCUGCAGGGGAAGCGCAUCUCCUUCCUGUGCGCCAACGAUGCCUCGUACACGGUAGCCCAGUGGGCAUCCUGGAUGUGUGGCGCCACGGCCGUGCCUCUCUACAGGGAGCACCCUCCGUCUGAGCUAGAGUACAUCAUCUCUGACUCCCAGAGCUCCCUGCUGGUGGCUGGGCAGCCGUACGCAGACACCAUGGAGCCCCUCGCCCACAGACUGGGACUGCCCUACCUGCAGCUGCCCCCCACCUCCAGCCUCAGCUCCCAGCUGGAAGCCCCAGAGAACCAGCCUGAGCCCGGCAUCACAGACUGGGCCCAGCGGCCUGCCAUGAUCAUCUACACCAGCGGCACCACAGGCAGGCCCAAAGGGGUUCUCCACACUCACAGCAACAUUCAGGCCAUGGUUCAGGGUCUGGUGUCAGAGUGGGGCUGGUCCAGAGAUGAUGUCAUCCUUCACACCUUGCCCCUGCACCACGUCCACGGCAUCGUCAACAAGCUGCUCUGCCCUCUCUGGGUGGGUGCCACCACCGUCAUGCUGCCUACCUUCCAGCCUCAGAAGGUAUGGGAGGUCCUGCUCAGCUCCAAGGCUCCUAUGGUGACUGUGUUCAUGGCUGUUCCAACCAUCUACUCCAAGCUGAUCCAGCACUAUGAGCAGCACUUCACCCAGCCACGCGUCCAGGACUUUGUCAGGGCUGCCUGCAAGGAGAGAAUCAGGCUGAUGGUGUCUGGCUCGUCCGCCCUGCCCCAGCCCACCCUGCUACGCUGGAAGGAGAUCACAGGACACACCCUGUUGGAGCGCUACGGCAUGACAGAGAUAGGCAUGGCCCUGUCCAACCCCCUGAAGGGUCCUCGCAUCCCAGGUGCAGUCGGUGUCCCUCUUCCAGGAGUGGAGGUUCGCAUUGUCAUGACGAACGCAACCAGCACCACCAUCGCCGAGGGCAACAGCAGAGAAACUCAGGUGCGUCCAGGGUUGGAGGGGAAGGAGGGGGAGCUGAUGGUGCGAGGAGACCAGGUCUUCACAGAGUACUGGAACAAACCAGAGGCCACCAGGGAGUCUUUCACUGAGGACGGCUGGUUCAAAACGGGGGACACAGCGGUCUAUAAGAAUGGAGUGUACUGGAUCAUGGGCCGCACCUCGGUGGACAUCAUAAAGAGUGGAGGCUAUAAGAUCAGUGCUCUGGAGGUGGAGCGACACCUGCUAGCCCACCCUGAUAUCACAGAUGUGGCUGUGAUUGGUGCUCGGGACGCCACCUGGGGACAGAAGGUGACAGCGGUGGUGCAGCUGAAGAGGGGGCGGAGCAUGACCCUGUCAGAGCUGAAGACCUGGGCCAGAGAGCACAUGGCUCCAUACACCAUCCCUACAGGCCUGGUCCUUGUGGAGGAGAUGCCAAGGAACCAGAUGGGGAAGGUCAACAAGAAGGACCUACUCAAGCACUUCUUCCCCAGCUAACUAGUAGGAGCAGAGACCCUCCUCAUACUACAGUAAACCAUCGAGAUGAGCUCCAAGUGACUGUGGUCUGGGGAAGAAUGAAGAGACCCCAUUGAGGAUCCCACUAACUACACCACUGACCCCACUCAGCUCUGAGUUACCGUAGGACUGUUCACUGCUGGGCCUGGAGGCACUGAGCUCAACAGUGCUGUCUUACACGUGAUUAAACUGCUGUGGAGAUAUAUUUAGUUUGGCUGCUAUGACAGCGAACUGAUUUAAUACGAUAAGGCUGCGGUGCCUUCUUUAAAGACUGAGUGCUGCGAUCAUUAGCAUGACUGGGGAUCAUGGCAUGAAUAAUUAUGCCAACACACAAGUACAUUAAGAAACCGUGAAAAUGAUAAGAGCAGCAAGAGAUCCUUGACAUUAUACACAGAAGAAGAGAGGGAAGUACAGUGCAUUCUUAAAUUGCUUAUAAUUACAAUCCAGAUGGAUGCCCUUGAAUUGGCAAUGAAGUUUAUUUUAAUGUAAUAAAAUGGAUGAUGUAUGGAAAGGCC